AUGGCUCGCAUUGCCGUCGAGAUUGAAGGCGACAACCCUUCAGAUCCCAACUUUCUUCCUAACCCCCCACGCUUCAACGUCGAAUUACCACACACAUCGUGCUUCACCGAAGACAAAAAUGGUAGCCUCACGAGAAAGUUUUUCACGACCCCAGAUGAACUCGCAAAUCACUUGAAGCGCGCUAUACCGCGUCAUAAGGAGAGGAAAUUGUAUGUUUUGGAAGGGUUACCGAUUGAAUAUGUACAGGUAUUAGGUUCACACUUCAACAUGGAUGUGGAUAUCUUUGAUUCGCAUGCGAUGAGAAAGAGCGGGCAAUUGAAUAAGCUGGAAUUUUCUACGAGAUCAGGGAAUAAGGAGAAAGUUCGAACUUUUGCUCUGGACCAUCCUGAGAUUGCGGCAAACAUUACCCCGCUACCCGAAGCCAUUGAAGGGAUUGUUGAUGAUUUCAUGCUACCGUGUCAAACGAUAGGCAUCUCCAAUGAAGGUUGGAAUGGAAUAAGUGUAAAAUUAUGUCACGUGACUUUGGUGUGCUUCCCCGAAGAAGAUGGGAGUGAAACUUUAUUACUGCUUCUUGAAAAUCAGUCGUGGGCGAGAAGAGGCGCACAGUUUCAAACUGCGGGUUACCACAGUAUUCUUGCAAAUGCCCUCAAAAGUCUCCCGGAAGGAACGCAAAAAUGGAAACCAUCCCGAAAACAUGACCCAGCUUUGACUCUAGCGGACGAGAUUUUCAAUUCUAUAGAAUCGCCAGGUGGUAUCCUUGUUUGGGAUGACCUCACAGAGAUACUUGCUGAUAUCGUACUCAGACAAUGGAAAUUUGCCUUGUGCGAGGUAAUUGAACAUGCAUGUGCAUCUAGAUUGAUCCCUUAUCACGAAAUUCAUCAAGUGUGUGAUCUAAUCGAGUCUAACAUUUGGAGUUUGGAUCGUACUGAGGCUUUCUGGGGCCCUCGUUUUGACGUUAGAAUGGAAGGAUUUAAAAGACUUUUGGAGAAAGCAAAGCGUUAUGCAGGAUUAUUUGUGUGGGGGCAAAUUGUGGAGGAGGGGCUUGAGACGAAGGCCAAAACCGAGAUUGAGAGUGACAAUGAUGAUGACGAUGAUAACACUUCCACGGCUUCGUCUAAGUCGGGAGUGCAUAUUCGUGGAGGAGAAACCUUAGAUCUAGAAACCCGCCAAAGCAUCAAUAGAGUGACCUAUCUUGGGGGUGUGUUGCUCCCGUUCUCCAUAAUUGCGGCAAUAUUUUCGAUGGGUGGGAAUUUUCAGCCGGGUGGAGAUCAGUUCUUCAUAUUUUGGGUCAUUGCUAUUCCAGUAUGUAUACUCACAACAGUUUUAAUAUAUGCAGAUAGUAUUCGGCGAAUGACCUUGGAGCAAUUCGCUCAACAGUACGGGUCUGCUGCAGUGACGGCAAAAGCUGAUGAUAUGGUUACCUCAUCAAUUUCUGGCAGUGAGACCAUUUCAGACAUAGCGGGUAUCAGAGAACGUCCUACGUCGCGUUUCCCAGGUAUUUGGAAUCCACGAAGAGCUGCUUCUCCCUCCAGUGUUGGCUAUACAGAUAGCGAUAGUGAUAGCGAUGAUGGUUCAUCCUCUACAGACAGUACUCGGCUGCCUCCAGGUCUAUCCAUAGACGGCGAUUUAUUAGUUCGCAGGAAAAAGAAAAAGGUGCCAAGAUCGUGGAGUUGGCGAUUUUGGAGGCGGAAACCUCUGAAUCGAAAAUUAGAUCCGGAAAACGUCUUGCCAUCUCCUACACAUUCGGAUCAUAAUUUAUCUUCACCUUCUGCACCUCCUCCACGUCCUCCACCUUCUCCGCCAUCCGGAUUUCACUCUGUUCCAUCUCCGCCACAAAUUACACCGGUGAAACCCAUACUCGUUGGAAAUAAUCCUCCGGGGUCUCUUGCUUCCGGCCACUCUUCAACCGCCGGACCAGCUCCGCCAAAAACACCCCCAACCAGUCCUCCUCCGCCCGAUCCUGACCUAAUCAUUCCUGACCAAACUAUUCCUGAACCAAUAGUCUCUGAGCCAAGCUGGGGUUCUUGGGGAACUCCUUCAAAGAAAAAAGGCAAAAAGAGCAAACGCAAGAAGACAAUCCUAAAUGAUGAAUUCGAUAGCCCAGACCGUUCGCAUCUAGCCAGUUCUCCAGCACAUCCGUCUAUACCAGACCCUGCAGAGAUACCACUACCCCUGUUGGAUUCAGAUUCGGAUGAUUGGCGAGAGCGAGACAGCUCUGAGGGCAUAUACCCUGAACGAUCUCCAUCUCCAGGUUGUGCAGACUCGGAUUAUGCCACAGAUCGUGAACGCCGUUCUUUAGAAAGACGCAUGAGAGAAAGUGACGACUGGGAACUGACUAGAAGAGGAAGCAGAGAACGUCUAGGUAGUGGAGAUAUAUAUGAGCGCAUUGUUGAGCGAGAGGUCAUUCAUCAUCGCCGGCACCGAUCUGAGCAUUCUGUAACGUCUGAGGAGAAAAAACAAGUAAUCGAAAGAACGACUGAAAAGCUUGUCGAAAAGCAGGAAAGAAAACAUGCGACAGAUGAUAUCGUAAAGGAUGAUGACGAUGUUCCGGAAGACCGAGGAAGACAACGAAGGCGAUCUACAACACGACGGGUCCAUCAUGGAACUUAUUAUGAUUAUCCAAGGCGGCCAAUUCCCAGCAUAGAUCCUACUGAGAUACCAUUGCCACCAUCACCAGAAGAUCUAUCAGAGGAGGAACGCAUUAGAACGGAACUAGAGAGAGAGAAACUCGAAUACUUUGAGGAGUUGAGGCGAAAAGAACGUCAUAAGAGAAUGGCGGAGAUGGAAGAGAAGUAUGCAAAAAAACGAGCAGAAGAGGAACAUGCAAAGAGGCGGGCAGAGGAGGAAUAUGCAAAGAGACAAGCGGAAAAGGAAUAUGCGAGAAAAAUAGCCGAAGAAGAAUACAAGAAAAAAGCUGCAGAAAGUAAAGCUGCCAAGGGAAAAGAUCGAGGCUACUCCCCUGUGGCAUCCGAUGACAAGGGAGCAAAACCAGCGAUAAAGUUCAAGGACGCUGUGGGAAGGAAAUUCACUUUUCCGUUCCAUUUAGUAUCUACAUGGGCUGGAAUGGAAGAAUUAGUAAAACAAGCCUUCCUUCAUGUCGAUGUCAUUGGUCCUCACGUCAAUGAUGGUCACUACGAUCUCAUUGGCCCCACAGGCGAAAUUAUCCUCCCUCAAGUAUGGGAAUCAAUUAUUGAGCCUGGUUGGUUGAUAACUAUGCACAUGUGGCCAAUGCCGGAGCCGCGAAGGCAAGCACCCGCGCCUAUGCCUCCUAGACCAGGACAUCCCGGUAGCUUUCCACCACCUCCUCCACCACCUGGAUUUACGGCAACCCAGCCCGGUGGCCUGAUGAGUGGACCUACUCCGAGAAUGAAGAAAUCUACGCAGAGUGAAACUAUGGGCUGGAUGGCAGGAGCACGUCACUCGAAAUCUCGCAAUAAACAGAAGUCGGCACCGAUACGACUUGGGCCUCCUCCACCGCCUUCGUUCCCUUGGGCCCCUCCGCCGCCACCGGCAUCUGGAAGACGAGGAUCUGAUACGGUCGUCAUAAUAGAGGAACUGCCACCAAAAGUUCAUAGAAGACAAACGGGUAUGAGCGACAGACAUAGACACGGAACAAGCGGCGGCAUAAUUGGGGGAGCAGCAAAGCCUAAUGAGGAGUUGGGGUGGGUGAGAGCCUUGGGAACCAUUGUUGGUGUGAAGCCGGGGAUACAGGUGAAGAAACGGAGUGGUGGAAGUAGUUCAUCGUCGAGUGUUUGA